AUGAAGAGCGCAAGCCUUUGGAGGCGCAGGGCGCUCGGGUGCAUGACCUUCCUGGCGGUGGGCUCCCUGGCCUUCGAGAGGCCAGAGAGGCAACGUUUGGUCCGGAGCGAGGAGGCCAAAUUAGAUACAGAUGACCGGCAAGGCAAAGCCCAAGGCGCACCCAGGCGCAUGCACCAAGUCGUCGCGGCGUUGCUCUCCGCCGACGGACAUAUAGCUGUGGAUCAGCACUCGCCCCCGCCGCUCGACCAGGGGCAGCCUGGCACCUCCGCCCGGGAGGCCGUCGUCGCCCCCGACGGGCAGCUGACGGGUGCAGCCCUCGCGGUGGCCGGCGCCGUGGCUGGCGCGUUGCCGCUGGCCACAGCACCAGCGGAAGCCGUUGCAGCCCCUGCCGCAGUGGCGUCCCCAGCAGCAGGCACUGUCUUGGCAACGGCGCCGGCCACCGUGCCCGCGGCGGCGUACGCGGCCCCUGCCACAGUGGCGUCACCAGCGGCAGGCACUAUCUUGGCGCCGGCGCCGGCCACCGGGCCUGUGGCAGCCGUUGCGGCCCCUGCCACAGUGGCGUCACCAGCGGCGGGCACUGUCUUGGCGCCAGCGCUGGCCAACGGGCCAGCAGCAGCCGUUGCGGCCCCUGCCACAGUGGCGUCCCCAGCGGCGGGCAGCGUCGUGACGCCGGCGCUGGCCACAGGACCAGCGGAGACCUUUGCGGCCCCUGCCACAGUGGCAUCACCCGCGGCGGGCGGCUUGGCACCGGCGCAGGCCGCCGUACCCGCGGCAGCUGCACCUGCCACAGUGGCGCCGCCAGCGGCGGGCACUGUCUCGGCGCCAGUGCCGGCCACUGGGCCAGCGGCAGCGGCCCCUGCCACAGGGACUUCACCAGUGGCGGGCACUGUCGUCGCGCUGGCGCCGGCCACCGGGCCAGCGGCAGCAGCCCCUGCCACAGUGGCGUCACCCACGGCGGGCGCCGUCGUCGCGCCGGCGUCAGCCACCGUGCCUGCGGCAGCUGCUGCGCCUGCGGCUGGGGCAGGAGCAAACUCCACGACGACUCCUGCCGCGGGCGCCGCAGCUGGCGCCAACGCCGCCGGAGCCAAUGCCACCGGCGCUGGCGCCGCGGGGGCCGCGGGUGCCAACGCUACGGCGGAACCUGCCGGUGCUGCCAAUGGCACGGCGGCAACGGGGACGACCGCAAACGGCACGACGGCGGGCGUGACGGCCUCCAGCGCCACGGCGUCGAGCACAGGGGCCGCCAACGGUACAGUGGCGAGCGGGACGACCGCGAACGGCACGGCGGCGGACGGGGCGGCUGCCAAUGGCACGGCGGCGGCCGCGGGCGCCGCCAACGCCACCGCGGCGACCGGGACGACGGCGAACAGCACGGUGGCCAGCAGCGCAGCGGCGGCCGCAGGAGCUGCCAAUGGCACCGCGGCGAACGGGACGGUGAACGGCACGACUGCCAACGCCUCCUCGGGGUUCUUCGGGUGGCUCUUCGGUGGCCAUGCCAACGCCACGGUGGCCGCUGCUGUCCCAGUGGGCAGCAGCAGCAGCAGCAGCAGCAGCAGCCCGGGCGCCAGUCCCUCGACCACGAGCAGCCCCAGCGACCCUCAGACUGCCAAGGCGGGGGGUGCACGGGCCGUGGCGCUGAUCUUGGGCGGCGUCGCCGUUGCCGCGGCUGCCGUGUGGCUCUCCGCCAGGGGCAGCGCCUGGCUGGGCUCCGCCUCGCGCCUGCCCACCCCGGGCCGGAUGCCCGACAUGUCGAGGGUGACCAUCACCGCGCCGCAGGGCGCGCCGGCCUCGGGGGCCGCCCAGCAGCUCGCCUGGAAGUCCUCGAAGGCCAAGCAGACCUACCGGAGGUCGGUGCUCGACGCCUCCCGGCUGGACGACGGGGGCUCCUCGGACGACGGCGGCGACGGCGCCAAGGACACCGGCUCUGGCCGCGAGUCUGCAGGCAGCCAGAGGCUUGAGCCACCUGCCGAGGGCGGGGAGGCGUCGCAGCCUCCCACGGCCCGCGGGUCCUACCGCGACCGCCGCUCGAGGCCGCAGCCGCAGCCGUAG